AUGUCAUUUCCCCCACCCAGGAGGUGUGGUCCUUGCUUCAGGCUGCCUAAGACAUUGCAGGACGCUGUGGGCCAGGCUGUGUUUGUGUUCGGUGGGGUGGUCCUGCUAUGGUACGAACUGGGGCACAUUCUUUCCUCAUACUACCUGCAUUUGAAUGGAAAUGGAAGGCUGACGUCUGAAGAAGAAAGUGAAGUUAUGAUCCAGUACGUAGUUGCCAUAUAUUUCGCAAUCAAUAUUUAUGGAAACUACUAUAAAAUAGUUACAACGGAUACAUCGAAGGAUAGAUACAUGUUUAUGUCUAGCUCCCUUAUGCCUGAAGGUUGGAGAUACUGUGCUGAGUGUGAUCUCAAUCUUCCGCCAAGAUCUCACCACUGUAAAGUCUGCAACGUUUGUAUCCUAAAGAGGGACCACCAUUGCUGGUUUACAGGUUGCUGCAUCGGGUACUUCAAUCAUCGCUAUUAUAUUGCCAUGGUUACCCACAUUGUCGCAGCCGCAUUAUACUGCAACAUUUACAACUUGGAGUUUGUCGUCACAGUGAAAGGACAUUUAACUCUCUGGAAAUUUUUAUCGUAUCUUGGACCACAUUUCGGACUGAUCUUUGGAUAUUAUGGGUUCUAUACCUUCUUCAUUACCACCAUGACUACAGUUGGGUCUGUUUUGUUCCUGAUAUUUACAUGGUUGUUGUACAUUCAAAUUGAACAGCUGUGGUAUGGGCAGACCAAACAUGAACGAAAGAAAAGAAUUAAGAAAUAUAACCUGGGAUUUCUGCAUACAUUGAGGGAGUGUUUAGGGACCCGCUGGUUCCUUGUAUUUUUGUUUCCUUGGUUACCAUCCCCUUUACCUGGAUCUGGAACAUCUUUCAAGCUUAAGUCUGACUGA